AGCGAGGCAGCGACUAACUUCUUCUCCGGUCUCCGAAGCCAAGAGGCCGUACGUGCUCAGAGAGCGGAAGCAGCAUGAACGGUUUGGUCAAUGUGUCUUUGCAAUGCUUCCCUUGAGCGUUUGCCUACUGCCAUUGCACAGCAUCUUGUAGAUCACUACUACGCAAGUAAAAGCCCAAUAAAGAUAGCUGAACAAUUCUGCACUUGUAGUUAAUCGCACCUUGCUACACUCGCAAACCUUUAUGUCGCCAAUUUGCCAUCAUAAUGCGCGUUCCGGCGUGCAAGCACAACGAAUCCUCCGCUCUUGUCGACCGUGCUUUACAGCCAGUCGUAUAGCUCCGCGCCUUCCCCGAUUACUGCUUUUAGCUCAGGCCGCGAAAUCGACCCCUGUUAGCAAGCCACUUUACCAGCCCACCAGCGCCAGGGACGCAAUUGAGACCGCGACGCGAGCCUUCAAGGAGCAACAGGACGCCGAUGAGGCCAUUCGCCUAUACCGCCUAAGUUUGCAACUUAAACCCAACGAUGAUGAGGCGCGAGCUGCGCUUUACAACAUGGGGUGUGCGCUGGCGAAGCAGAAGAAAUGGGCCGAAGCCUCUGACUGCAUCGUCUCAGCCAUCAACGACUACAAGCUAAAGCUGUCCGUGGCGCUGAAGGAUGACGACCUAGCACAGCUGCGGGAGCGCCGCGAGUGGCUGGACGCGGUUGCCACCCGCAUCAGGGGCGGCAUCUCCCGGGACGUCAAGGCGGACCUGCGCACGGAGGCCAAGGUACGCCCGCGGGCUGGCCGGGAGCGGGGCGGGAUAGGAGCGGGAGCGGGGCGCCCGCGCGGCCGGGGCGGGGCGUGGGUGGCGCGAAUGGCAUAUGAAGACGGGCUUGACCUAAUGGACUGGGCUGGGUGAGUUUUGGUGCAAGGGGCGACGCACGCGCUGAGCCGCUACCGGUGCAGCUGCUGCAGCCCGGCGACGCCCUGGAGCGGGAGGUCAGCCGAAGCGAGGUCCACCUUUUCGACGGGUGGAGAGGCAGCUGCGUUGGUGGCGGCAGUAGCAGCACCGGCAGCAGCAGCAAUAGCAAUCGCAGCAGCAGCAGGGAGCGGUCCGGCGAUCGGCUAGUGUCAUGGAGGUGCAGCGGGUUGCCUUGCCUUGCCGCGUUAGGGGGCUUGACUCGGGCUGCCGUGUCUGUGUCGCCCAGGCUGGCCCGGUGGUGUGAUGUGGUUGGGAAGCCGUGGAGAGCAGCUGGGCGCUGGGUGGCAAGGGGGUGCCGAGCAGCUCGAGAUAGUGUGCCAUGGCGGAGCAGAGUUGCUUGUCAGGCAGCCUAGGCAGCUCGGCUGGCGGUCACAGCGAGGGUGGAGGAGGAGGAGGAGGUGAAGGAGCGAGGAGUACGGUAGCAGCAGUCAGCAAUCAGGGCACAGCACAGCCUGGCAGCAGACUCAGUACUGCAGCUAUGUGUGAACAUUCACCGCCGGUAGACCACCGGUAACCGGAUUUGGUGACCCCUUGGCACGCAGCCUGCAGUGCAGCAGGACUCCUCCCCCACCACCCCGCUGCUGCUCUUAUCCCUCAGUCAGUUAGUUGUUUCCUCUUUACCCCGCUGUAACAAGGGGCAGGGGUAUCAAGGUGCCGACCUAAGGCAUGAGCCGGUGUGUUAAGAAAACUGGCCGCGAGUAGGAACGUACUGGGAUGUCGGAAGAUGAAGUCCCCACAGAACCGCCGGUGUGUUAAAAUAACUGGCCGCGAGGCGAAACGUGUGUGUGUGUGUGUGUGUGUGUGUGUGUGUGUGUGUGUGUGUGUGUGUGUGUGUGUGUGUGUGUGUGUGUCGGCGUGGUGGCUUUGAUGCGGCCCUCUUCACCCCUUCGCCCCGCAGGCGCCCUUCCGCCUGCCCCGCAUCAUCCUGUUCGGAGGGCUGCUGCUGAGCGCCGGCGUGGGGCUGAUCAUCAUCCUGGGCCGGCUGGCGCGAGCAGUGCAGGGCGGCUCCGACGCGCCCGACCUGCAGGAGAGCCUCACCAACGCCGGCAUCAACAGCGCGGCGGUGCUGGCGCUGUCGGCGCUGCUAGCACGCGACCUGCGGGCCAAGCGCGAGGCGGUGCGCAUCAGCACGCGGGAGGAGCUGCUGGGGAGGCUGCAGGUUGACCUGGGUGGCGGGCGGGUGCUGCCGCUGCUCAAGUUCCGUGGGCAGGUGCGGCCGGUGAUCGUGGCGGGCAGCCGGGCCUUCGUGGAGCGGGCGCUGCGGGAGGCGGAGGGGCAGCAGCUCAACCUGCGGGACAGGGCGGUGUCGGUAAUCCCGGUCAUCUUCGAGUCCGCCUCCCCGCCCUCCGAGCUGGACCCCGAGGAGAAGCUGCGAGCGCUGAAGCGGGAACUCCAAAAGGAGGGCAAGGGCUUUGGCGAGAGCAGUCGCCAGGCGGCAUCAGCAGCAGCAGCGGGCGGCGAGGCGGCCUCCUCUCCCAGCAAGCCGGGCAAGGCGCCGGGGGGUCUGGUGGAGUCGGACAAGAAGUGGCGCCUGGAGCCACACGAGGUGGAGGAGUGGAAGUCCUGGCUUCUGGAGCAGCGGGAGCUCGCCGGGCUGUCCGCCUCCCGCCCCGACUGCUACGUGCAGGUGCAGCUGGACGGCAGCGUGAGGUCCUCGGGGGUGGGGGCGCCUCCCUGGCGCCGGCUGGUGGAGGAGCUGCCGCUGCGGGGCUCGCUGCAGACCAGCCUGAUGGACGGGGUGGGGCCGCAGGAGUGAGGGGCUAGGGGCAGAGGGCUUAUGAAGUGAGGACAGCAUGAGAGAGGGCUAGUACUAAAGAGCAUUCAUAGAGAGGGGGGAGGGAGUGGGAGAAGGGUAGUGCUUGUGGGGUAACCCAAACUGGGCCGAAAGCAGGCCGAAGGGGGCGGGAGGGUGCGUAACGGUGUGCAGAGCAGUAAACAAAAGAUGGCGAGGAAGGUGUGCGGAGAGGGAAGGGGUUACAUACUGAGUAUGAGCCGUUAUAAACAUGCAGGGGAAUAAUGGAAUGGAGAAGAAUUAAGUUGCGUGGUGUGUCCUUUCCUGAGCAUCUGGUGGAGAGGGCACAUUUAGGUUGGAGUUCGUACAGGGAGGAGAGGAUUGUAGAGAUUACCUUGGCCGUUACCUGUGCAGGUGUUGAGCUCUUGUGCCGGGAAGAGUCUUGCAAGGCUUUGGCCUGUACAUAUGUUGUCAGGUUGAAGUUUGCGGUUGCACAGCCUAGCCUGGCCCGUACGAACGGCGUUUACUCUUCUCCUUUUCAUCCUGUGCUUGUUUAGUGUAUCUUUUAACGGCUACCGUUUAGCCUUGCACCCCUACCGUUACAAGCAGCUUGCACUCCAUCCCUUUACCAGUCGCUCAAGACAUACAAUGUGGACGCCGACAGAUACCUGUCCCUUUCGUCGCAUUACAGUUAUGUGCGAAAUGUGAAUAGAACACUUACUAUGUGGCUUACCUUUACAUUAUGAUUCUCGGUAAUUAGGCAAAUUUGAAUGUCGAUCGCUUCGGCCGCUCUAGCCAUCAGCCUCUUUUUCGCAACACAGACAUUCGGUGCACAGUAUAGAUUUUCUGCUAGUAGUCGCCACAUAUGGAACGGGGACCUUUCAACGUGGGGUGCUCGUCGGAGGCUGGAGGCGGUUAGACAUGGCAUUUCGGACCCUUUGCCGGGUACAAACUCGAGCUGCCCACAGGGUUGCUCCGAGCACGGAGUAUGUAACGAGGAGCUUGGCAGGUGCGACUGCCCGCGCCACUACACCGGACCCGACUGCCGAACGGUGAACCCAGACCUUGAAGAAGUAUGUGAAGAGUACGGCUUCUCGCUUCGUACCUGCCGGGAGACAUCCCCAUGCUUUAACUCCUGCAACAAUCGGGGGAAAUGCGUCUCCGGCUUUUGCCAUUGUCAUCCUGGCUUCUGGGGUAUGGACUGCUCCCUCAGUCGCGGACCGGAUGGUGGCGUGGAGCUGCUGGCGGGGCAGGGCUACGUGCCGCGGCGGGAGGGGCCCAAGAUCUACGUGUACGAACUGCCGCCCAACUGCACCUCAUGGUUCAACAUCAAGCGCCUAGACCGGCCGCUGCACCUGCUGUUCUGGCAGCGCCUCAUGUCGGCGGGUCUGCGCACCACUCGCGGCGAGGAGGCGGACUUCUUCUUCAUCCCCAUCAACACGCGCGCCCUCAACGCCGCGAGCAUCACGGAGUGGGUGCUGCCGUACAUCCGGCGCACGUGGCCCUGGUGGUCGGGUGACGGGGGGCACCGCCACCUGAUCAUACACACGGGGGACCUGGGGGUGCAGGAGUACCCGCUAACCAUGCGGCGGCAGCUGAACGACACCUUCUCCAACCUCACCUGGCUCACCCACUGGGGACUGCACACCUACCACCCGGGGCCCAAGUGGCACCCAGCGCACCGACCGGGCAAGGACAUCGUGAUCCCUGUGAUGAUUACCACGGCUGGCUUCCACUUAUCGCCCCUCAACCCCAGCAUAGAGCAGAAGGCGAGGAAGAAGGGCGCGGACUUGAGUCGAAACGGCACCUUCUUCUUCGCGGGCCGCAUCUGCGGCGACCGCAAGCCUCCAAACCCGGAAACGGGCGAGUGCUCUCCACGGCGUUUAGACUACAGCGCGGGAGUACGACAAAGAGUGUACUACCACCACUACAACCGGACGGGCUUCAAGGUGGUACCCGGCACCCGGACAUACCUAGAGGACAUCUCCUCCCACAAGUUCUGCCUGGCUCCCACGGGCGGCGGUCACGGCAAGCGGCAGGUGCUGGUGUCCUUGAUGGGCUGCAUCCCCGUGACGCUGACGGACGGCGUGCACCAGCCCUUCGAGCCGGAGCUGCGCUGGGCGGACUUCAGCGUGCCGGUGCCGGAGCGGGACAUUGCCAGGCUGCAUGAGGUGCUGGGGGCUGUGACGGAGGAGCAGGUGGCCACCAUGCAGUCGCGGUUGCGUUGUGCGGCGCAGCACAUGUUCUACAGCAGCAGCCUGGGGGCGAUUAUUGGCGAGGACGGCAGAUACGACGCCUUCGAGACGAUCAUUGAGAUCCUGCGCAUGCGGAAGCAGUACCCGGACCUCCCCCCCGAGCAGUACAUGGAUGUGGACGAGCGCUUCCGCAAGUUCACCAACUGCGAACUGGGCGGUCCGGAGCCCGACGUGCUGUGUGCGCAGGGCACGGAGCGGCAGCACCCCGACAUGCCCACCUGCACCGAGUGUCACCGGCAUGUGUCGCAGAGCCGCACCGGCUCCUCCUUCUUCUCCUGGGCGGGCGGCAUGGUGUGCUGCUCGGAGCUGGAGAUGGCUCGGUGCAGCCGAGUGUGGCAGUAGAGGGCGGGGCAGGUUGCAGAGGGCUGCGGGCGGCUGCAGUGCUGCCUUGUGAUUAUUUGCGCGGGGAGUGUGUCUUGAGGGUGGUGUUAAGAAAACGGGCCGCGAGUAGGAACGGGUGUGUGCGCAGGCGUGGGUGCCAGGGGAGAUGACGAAGAGUGGGGGAAAAGAAAUGCCAAACCAUGUGUGGAAUGUGCGAGGAGUGAGGAGGGAGCGAUUCAACAAGCGGAAAUUGUGUUUCACUUGCCUUUACCGGAAUGUAUGAUGACAGUGAUGUCUUGAAGUCCGCAGCAACAGGAUUCAGGACUGUUUUGCAGAUAUGUGCUCAUCCUUCCCAACAUUCAAGUACUUGAACGUGCGUACUCCAGGACCGUUGGCGAUGUACGGGUGUCGGACCCGUACCAUGUACAGUCCCCAUGCUGUGCAAACAACGGAAGCGCAACGGGACCUGUACAACCGCUGGACGCUGCCUGCGCAUAGGCUCGGUUAAGCUCUUUUGAGACUUGAAGCGACAUUGUAUCACGUGCCUGGCACUACCGUAGACGGUUUUCGGACUGAGACAUCCUCCACGUGCCGGUAUUGCAAGGACAGGAUGGCCACCGAUAAGGGGCUGCACCACAUAAGCCAUCAUGGUCACCCUGUGCCACAUGGCAUCCUACCAAACCAUCCACCGUCGUAUGACCAUCUUCGGCUGCACCGGGGGGUAUUGCAGUUUUCCUUCCUGAUCCUUGCCGACUGAGCCAUCC